GGUUAAAUUACUAAACCUUAUGCACAAAUUAUAAAAGUUAUGUUCUGUGUAAUAAACUAAAGAAACCAACAAUACAUAUUUUGUUUGAAUUAAAUAUUGUUACAAAAAUAAAAUGCAAAAACAAAGCAAAAUCUUAAAAUGAGUGUUUAAAAAAUCCCCAGCACUAGGAAAAAAAUCUGUUGGUAAUGCUAUAAUAUUGGUUCAAAAUUUUGACAGUUGGGCGAUACAGAAUGACGUUUAGGUAGUACGAUCUUUUAGUUUGUUUUUGUUGUGAUAAAUAACUCUGAAUCCCGCGAAAAUGUCCACGAUCGCGGAAGACCUUCCGGUAAAUAAAAUCAAUGAUAAUAUUCGGGAAGAUAUGGUACAAACUGCGGUAAAAUUUCUGGAAAACCCGAACGUAGUUAACACCCCACUAGCCCAAAAACAAAAAUUCUUACAGAGGAAAGGUUUAAACGAUCCUGAAAUAAAAUUGGCUUGUGAACGGUCAGGUGCAUAUGAAAGACAUGAGCAAAUGAAAAUGCAAAAUCCUCCAUUACCUCCUAUUAACAACAAUAUUAUAUCAUAUGGGUACAACCAAAGGCAUUUGCAAUACUCCUGGUUUGAUAAAAUAAGGGAGAUUUUUCAUAAUGUCGCUGUUUUUAGUAUAGUUGCUUAUGUUAUACACAAGUUUUAUGAAAAAUAUAUUGCGCCAUUUUUGUUCGGUAAGAAGAAAAAAAGCAUAGAAGAUUCGAUUAGAGACUUGGACAAAGACCUGAAAAAGUCGGUUAAAGAGUUGAGCGACAAUUUGGAAUCGGUAAAAAUCGAGGUGGAUAGAAUCAACCAAAGCACCGGAUCGAACACGAGCCGGCAACUGAGCGAUUUGAAAUCCGACGUUGCCACAGUUAAGGGCCUACUAUUGGGCAGGAAGCAAUUUCCUUCAGUGGCAGAUAAUCCUGUAGUUCCUUCUUCAAUUCCUGCCUGGCAGAUGUCAAGUGUACCUUCGGAUGAACCCGAGCAAGAUGUGGACCAGGAAGUGGGGUCUGGUUCCGGAUCCUCGGAACCCGAACACUGUACAAAAACCACAAGCGAAUCUAGUCUAGAAAUAAUAUAUACUCCAUGGGAUUUUGACUCGGAGUCCACCCACAGCCGAAAAAGUAAAGAAGAAAGUACAGAAAAAGAGUAGCUGUUUUGUUUGAUAAUUUUUAUUUGUAUAUUUUUACGAGAAAUAUAAUGUUUUAAUAAACUAAUUUUACCUGAAACGUCGUAUAAAUAAAAGACCAUUUCUAAUUAAAAUUUAUUCUAAUCAAAUAAUUUACUUUUAUUGUAAAAUGUCAUAUUUAGGUACUUUUUGUUCAUUUUACCAAUAUUUGGUAAUCAAUUUUUCACAACACAAAAUCUAAUGUUAGAUCUUAUAUACAAAUAUAUAUCUUAAAAUUGUCCUAUGUAAAAUCACCAUAUUUCAAAACACAAACCCUAAAAAAUAAAAGACAAAACUAGAAAAACAGUUUCGCCCUUUAUAAUUAUUUUGGUAUUUUAAAAAGUGGUGACAAAACUCUAUACAGUAUGAUUUACACAUAUAAAAUAGUGGUUUGCAAAAUUGAGAACUAAUAAUAAACAGUAGUAGGAAAAUGACAAUGAGCAGUAAAAGUGCACCCAAAAAUUACAGGAACACUGAAAUAAAACAAAAUUCUUCACUCAUUUAAUGUUAACUCAAAAAAAUAAGAUUUUUAGAUGCACUUAUAUUUUUUCAAGUGGUUUUUAUCACAUUAUUCUACAAUUAAAAAGUAAAAAUCAAAAUGAUAGCACCUUAUGAUUUUUAAUACUUCUUUUUAAACAUAUUUUGUAAGUCUACAUUUGUACAAAAUAUUUACAACAAAUAAAUAAGAAGGAAGAGAAUUUAAAACCACUUAAGACAACAUUUUGGCAAGUAACUAAAAAAUAAGGAAAUAUUGGUAAUAAACUGAUAAUAAUGGCAACUUGCACUCUCCAAAAUGUUUGAUACAUUGUCUUUAGAUUUAAUUAUACAAAAACCUACCACAUAUUCCUUAGACCAAAAAAUUUGUUCAGAGGUAUAUGUUGUAUAUUAAGUACUUUUGUAACUUAAUAUAUUCCACUGAUGUUUUAAAAAAGAAAGUUAUGUAACAUUAUUUUAUUAAUUAAAAUUGACAUUUUUAAUUGUUUAAAGUUUAAACAAAAACUAAUUAUCAGUGGAUGCCUGGUUCCUAUAUGUACACAAUUAUAUUUAAACUACACAUUUAUUUCUGAUGCAGAAAAUACUCAUUUUUUUUGUUAUAAAAUAAUAAAAUCUCUUGUUCAACAUUCAAUGUGCAACAAUAAAAAAUGGAAUAAAACAAAAGUAUAAAUUUGGGAAAACAAAAACAAAAAUCUAUUAUAGUAAUGAGGAGAGUGGUUUCUUUGGUUUAAGAUUUUCUUAUUUUAUAUGGACACAUGCCCUUAAAGUUACACUGUGUUUCCGUUGAUAAAAAAGCACUAAUAAAAUAAAUAUAAAUAAACAACAUGAAACUAAACAAACAAAAGCAGUGUUGAGAUGACUUUCUUUAAAAAAUGACCCCAUUUCAUUUGAUCCAAAACGGUAUUUUACAAACGCGUCACAAAUAAACAAAAAAAUUGAUAUGAAUGUCACAAUUUUAACACGUUUACAAUUUAUUUAUUUAUUAAUCUUAACUUCUUGAUGCUGGUCUGAAGUAGGAAGAGUUUGAUAGAACCUCCUAAAAUAAUUGAGCAAAAACCUUUAUUUAAGAAUGAUAAUUUAAAUUUCUAUAAUACAUGGUGUCUUGAAAAUGGUGCUCUUUUUUCAUUCAAUAUUUCAUAAAUUGUUUUUGACUAUAGAAUGUCUGAUUACGCCCCAUAUCGCGUAGUAAUUCGCCAUUUUCUGGACACAAUGUAUAAAAACACACAAUUAAAGAGGAAAAAAAAUUGAAACUCAAAAAAAUCUCCCACAAAAACAUGAAAAAUGAAUUA